GGAUUGCCUUUUUAGGAGACACCUGAUCACUGCUGAAGUCACCGCCGCCCCAACACAAAGAAGCUGUGGCUGAUAGAGUGAUGCUUUUGAGUGUUUGUGUGUGCGUGUGAGAGUCCACCCUUAAUGAGAAACAAGCAGAGAGCUCUGAUGGUUGGAAGGACGGAAGAUUAAUAUAUAGAAGAGACAGAAGUCUGUGGUAGUUCUACGUCUAGUAGGAAUCUUAAAGGGCUGUUUGAAUUCUACAGGAGUUAAGAUUCAGAUUUGUUUGGACCAGGAGUCGUCCAAAUCCCGGGAGAGCUCAUUCGAGAGAUCUUGAUUUGAUCAGCUGGGACGAGCCCACGUGAGUGGAGCCCUGGACAUCAUGGAGAAAUUCAAGGCAGCCAUGGUUCUGGGUGCUGUUGGGGAUGCCUUGGGCUACAGAAAGGGCCGCUGGGAAGGCUGCAUCUCAGGCAAGAAGAUCCAGGAGGAGCUGGCCUCCCUCGGGGGACUCGGGGCCCUGAAACUGGACUCCGACAACUGGCCCCUGAGUGAUGCAACGCUGAUGCUCAUGACCACAGCAGAAGCUCUGAUAACAGAUUACUGGUGUCUGGAGGACCUGUAUCGGGAGCUGGUGCGUCUCUAUGUUGAUGCCAUGGUGUCCCUCCAGGGCAGAGCCCCUGAUCCUGCCACAGUGGAGGGAUGUGUUCACCUCAAACCUCACAACUUCCUGCUCGCCUGGCACACACCCUUCAAUGAAAAAGGGUCUGGCUUCGGGGCAGCUGCUAAGGCCAUGUGUGUGGGUAUGAGAUACUGGCAGCCUGAGAGACUAGAGAACCUGGUGGAGGUCAGCAUUGAAAUCGGCAGAAUGACACACAACCAUCCCACAGGUUUCCUUGGUUCCAUGACAACAGCACUGUUUGCCUCCUACGCGGUCCAGGGGAAAUCUCCUGUCACCUGGGGCCGGGAGCUCAUGAAGGUCAUCCCUCGGGCAGAGGAGUACUGCAGGAAGACCAUCCGACACAUGUCAGAGUAUCAGGAAAACUGGUUCUACUUUGAGGCCAAGUGGCAGUUUUACCUUGAAGAGAGACAGAUAGAAACAGAAGAACAGAACAAACCUUUGUUCGCUGAUCGCUAUGAUGCUGAGGAGACAGACAAGAUAUAUAAACGUUGGAGCUCAGAGGGCCUUGCGGGUCGCAGGGGUCACGAUGCCCCCAUGAUAGCCUACGAUGCCCUUCUGGCUGCGGGGAGUGACUGGUCUGAGCUGUGUAAACGAGCCAUGUUCCACGGAGGUGAGAGUGAAGCCACAGGCCUGAUCGCAGGUUGUCUCUAUGGCCUCAUGCACGGCCUGAGCCAGCAGGUUCCCUCAGGCCUUUACCAGGAUCUGGACAAAAGAGGGCGUCUGGAGGAGCUGGGGGAGAAGCUGUACAAGGCAGCAUCUACAGAGAAAAUAGACAAGUAAUCCUGAUCUUCACUGGCCUGAACCCUACUGGCUAUCAGCGGAACUGCACAUGACUCUAAAACUGCUUCCCUAUGUCCCACACCACCCUCUAGUCCUCCUUGGUAGUGUCUCAAUUAUCUUAGUGGCUUUCUGUUCUCUCCUCACCUAUCUUGCCCUCUUCUCCUUGAUGUUUGCUGCAGCCCACUGUCCACACAUCUGACAUGAAUGUUUUCUACUAGAUCAUGACGCUCUUACUACAUCUGGAAUCAGUUUAUAGCAGGGGAUCUGGCACAGUUUGACCUCUUGGGCAACUUAAUCCUGCAAAGACUCAUCUCGCUUAGAGUAACACUAUGUCACUUUUACUGAGCAACAGCGCCACACAUGCUGCCUAAUUCUGUUGGGCUGAGGUCGGACUGAGUAGUCCCCACAAACUGAACUGAAACACAACUGAAAGAUAGAUAUUCCUUCUUCCUGAACACGAAGAGCUGCAGCUGUAACAAACUCACCAAACUCUGUUCAGAAUUCUUCACAUUUUAUAAGUUUCCGCACUGAGUAUUUGAGAUAAACGCUAAGAAUCACAUCGCUUUAAUGACUUCUUUGUCUUUUCAACUGAUCUACAGCUCAGCGUAACAAAGCUGCAUAGUGUUGCUUCAAAUUCAAAUAACAGAACUGGGGGAAAGAAAAUUCCCAAAACAGUUAAUUAGGAAUUGUGCACUAACAACCAGAAGAUAAUUUCCUUCUCUUAGGCUAACCUGUAUUAACAUUAAGCACAAAGUUGUAUUGUGGAGUAAUUUAAUAUAAAUGAGCAAACAAUGUCCACUGUGGCUUCUGAAGUUCUCAACAUUAGGCUCAUUAAACCUGAUUUUCUGCUUUUAUCUAAAAAUAUUAACUGAAUCACUGUAUAACUAUCUUUAGCUGAUCAGUGCAUGUAAAGGUGGUUGAAAUUAUGAAAUGAUUUAGCAUACCUGUAUGAAGUUGAAGAAUAGUAAUUGUUUUCUUUUAAUAUGUAUCACUGUUUGCACUGUGAUGCUCUUAUCAGGUACAGUGUACUUUAUUGUGAAAGCACCACGACAUGGUGGAUAUUAAUAUGACAUGACAAUUAAAAUUGACUCCGAUAUUUGUCACG